CAAGUCGGUACCGUACCCCCCGAGACCGAGCGAAAGAGAAGGAAACGACGAGUCUCCCCUUGGCGCGUUCUCUCGCGGGUCGACGCUCGUUUGCUCGCUGCUCGCUUGCACGUAACGCGUUCGUUCGUUGGUCCCUUGGCCGGUUCGUCGAUUCAUUGGCUCGAUCGGCCGAUCGGUCGAUCGAUCGAUCGCUCGCGCGCGCGCACUCGUCACGCACUCUCAGCUCGCCCUCUCGAUACGCGAUAACACCGAAGGAGGAGGAGGACGUUUGCUGCUGCUGCUGCUGCUGCUGCUGCUGUUGCUGCUGCUGCGUCUCGCAACGCUAGUCUCGCGCGAGAUCGAAAGAAACGGGACAAAAGGGAACGAUCGGAUAUACGCGACGACAACGAGGACGACGAACGAUUUCGGAGGCUGUCAGCCUGCCUUCGACAACUCCAUUAUUAGCUGAUCCCGAUAGAAGAUCCCAACAGGAAGCAUCGGAGGAAGGUUGCCAGGUAUCCUUCGGCUUCAGUGUGCCUCUCCCACCACCUCUGAUUCGGCGAGAACUCGGCAAGGGUGACACACCCACCCCUCGAAAAAAGCCCUUCGGGGGGUGAGUUUCCGGCAGUCGACGUCACCCGGUCCGUUCUACCAACUACAGUCGCUCGACGAACGGCGUUACGGUUCUUACGAUCGAGCUAGUAUAUACCGCCGCCUUUGACAACUGACCCUACACAUCCUACGUAUCCAGCUUCGUGCAUCCUACUACUAUCGAGACACCCCGGGCCCCUCUGAACGUUCCCCUCUUUUCCGAUCUCACCGAAUUGGCGAGAUUUCUCCAGUAAUCACCUCGAUGUCGACGAUGAUCUAGACGCUCGUUGAUCGAAACGAUUAUUCGGCUAGCGUUCAUCCCCGUCUCUCGACCUCGGUCCACGAGUGUGUCCACGACGAACCCUUCGACGUUUCUACUAUGUGCGCGACACCGUUCCCGACGACGAGUAUCGUGUGAUGUUUCUAAUCCGGUGAGUGAGCGUUGGUGCGUGGUGUUUUGCCGCUCGACAAAGGUCUCGACGAAGCAGAAUCGCGAGAAGCAGGUCCGCGCCGCUGUUGUCAUCCGAUCGCCAACGGAAGAUGAGACUCUGGGUGGUCAUCGGCGCUCUGGCGGUGGCGAUCAACGCGUCCAUCGCCGAAAUCACCAGGAACAAGAACCGCGGCAGAGGAUCGAUGUGGUGGGGAAUCGCCAAGGCAGGGGAGCCGAAUAAUUUUUUGCCAAUGUCGCCGGCCUCCCUUCACAUGGAUCCGACGGUGUACGCGACCUUGAGGAGAAAGCAGCGCAGGCUGGCCAGAGAAAAUCCCGGGGUACUGAUGGCCGUGGCCAGAGGUGCGAACCAGGCGAUCGCCGAGUGCCAGCAUCAGUUUCGCAAUCGCCGAUGGAACUGCUCGACCAAGAAUUUCCUCCGUGGGAAAAACCUCUUUGGCAGGAUCGUCGACAGAGGCUGUCGAGAGACCGCCUUCAUCUACGCCAUCACGAGCGCGUCUGUGACGCACAGCAUCGCGAGAGCGUGCAGCGAGGGCAGCAUCCAAUCGUGCUCCUGCGACUACACGCAUCAAUCGCGGGCACCGUCCACCACGCGUGACUGGGAAUGGGGUGGAUGCUCGGACAACAUCGGCUACGGGUUCAAGUUCUCCCGUGAAUUCGUCGACACCGGAGAGCGUGGCCGAAAUCUGCGCGAGAAGAUGAAUCUGCACAACAACGAAGCCGGCAGAGCGCACGUGUCGUCGGAGAUGCGACAGGAGUGCAAGUGCCACGGCAUGUCCGGCUCCUGCACUGUCAAGACCUGCUGGAUGAGGCUGCCGAAUUUCCGCGUGGUCGGCGACAACCUAAAGGAUCGAUUCGACGGCGCGUCGCGAGUCAUGGUGAGCAACUCGGACCGGGUGCGUGGCAACGGAAACGCGAUCGUGAGCAACUCGGCGAGCAACUCGGUGCACGGCCAUCGGGAGGGUCUGGGUCGUCGACACCGGUACAACUUUCAGCUGAAGCCGUACAAUCCGGAGCACAAGCCGCCGGGCCCGAAGGACCUCGUUUACCUGGAGCCAUCGCCGCCGUUCUGCGAGAAGAAUCCGAAACUCGGCAUUCUCGGGACACACGGCAGACAGUGCAACGACACGAGCAUCGGUGUCGACGGCUGUGACCUGAUGUGCUGCGGCAGAGGCUACAAGACGCAAGAGGUGACGGUGGUCGAGAGAUGCGCGUGCACGUUUCACUGGUGUUGCGAGGUCAAGUGUCAGCUGUGCAGAAUCAAGAAGACGGUACACACGUGCCUCUAGGCUCUGUGCUUUUUCUCGUCCCUUUGCCUCUCGAAGAGACUACCUCCUUCCUGGCGAAGGACGUUUUCGUAGUCUCUCUUGACUACGUUGUCGGGACAAGGUGGUCCAGGUGAUUCUACCGCGAAGAACUGCAGUGCACCCGUCUACAGGUUGAGACCGAGUCGCGUGACGAAGCUUGCCGAAUUAGAUCGAGCCGCUCCUUGUCGCCCAGUAUUACGCGAAACCGAUCGAGAGACCGUGUAUUUGUUACGACGUUCCACGGACUACACGUGGACUAAAGACUGAGACGGUGCGAGGGAUCGUUAUCGGAUCGCGAUAGUGACGUUAGUAACAGUUAGACGUAAUAAUCGGCGCACGCUGUACAUACGACAAUCCCUCUUGUUUCCCGUCUCGCUUCGAAAUCGCGUCGCCUUCUCCCUUCCCCGGGAGAAGACACCGCGCGACCGCGAGGCUCGUUAGAUUCGUUAUUUAUUCCGACCCUUCGGAUCGCGUAUUUGUAUAUAUAUUCGUAGACCGUAGAUAACGCGUAAAUUCGCUGAUUUAUAUGUAAAUGUAUAAAUAUAAAUAUAUAUUUUUUGAAGACCGCGUUGUAAAUAAUCGACGCCGUGGAAACGAAGCGAACGCACCGCGAGGUACGAGUAAAUUAUUUUUAUAUACGUCACACUCUCCCUCUUAGAUCCUUGCCGCUCGAUUCGCGCGAGCCUGUCCCGUAGAAUUAGAGAAACCAUUAGCCCCGUGUCGAACGUCUCGACCUCCAUCCCCGAGCGAGAGAACGAUAAUUUACGACACCUGUAACGCAUA